AUGACUGACCAAGCAGUUACAUGCAAGGUCAGCCAUAGAAGACUGCAGAUAGAAUUUAUGAUGACUGUGGUGUAUGCAUUCAACACCAAAGAAGAAAGAAGAAGUUUGUGGAACUAUAUUGAGAAUAUGAAUAGGAAUCUGGGAGGCCCAUGGAUAAUUAUGGGUGAUUUCAAUGCAGUCCUACAUACUGAUGAUAGGGUUGGGGGAAAUCCAGUAAGCCUAGCAGAAGUAAUUGAGUUUCAAAAAUGCAUAGAUCAGUGUGACUUGAUGGAGAUGCCAACUAGUGGGAGCAGAUAUACUUGGAGUGAUAGGCAUGGAAAUGAUAGGAUUUUCUCAAAAAUAGAUUGGGCAUUCAUCAAUACAGCAUGGCUCAAUUUAAUACCAACCUACAGGGCUACAUAUUUAGAAGAAGGCAUUAGUGAUCACUGUCCAAUGAAGCUGUCUAUGGGAGACUCUAGCAGGAGGACAAAAGAUACAUUUAAAUUCUGUAAUGUUUGGGCAUCACAUCCAAACUUUAUAGACAUAGUUAAGGGAGUAUGGAUGAAUGAGAUUGAUGGGUGUAGAAUGUUUCAGGUGGUCAGGAAACUUAAAAUGCUAAAGAAUGAAUUGAAGAGGUUAAAGAAGAGACAUUUUAGCAACUUGAUAGAAGAAGCAGAUGCAGAUAGAUUGGCACUGGUCACGGCACAAGCAGAACUUCACAAGAAUCCUCUAGAUGCUGGAUUACAGAUAGAAGAGAAGCAAAGGUACUUCUUCUCAGUAAUCAAAUACAGGAGGAUGCAGGAAGCAAUCAUACAAUUAAAAGACAAAAAUGGAGUUAACCAAACUGAACAAGAAGACAUUGCAGAGAUUUUUCAAUUACAAUUACUAAGACCAUAUACAGGAGAAGAAGUGAAGAAAGCAAUUUUCAGCAUUAAUGACACCAAAAGCGCUAGACCAGAUGGGUAUGGGAGUGGCUUCUAUAAAGCAGCAUGGACAAUAAUUGGAGGAGAUGUGACAAAAGCAGUACUGGAAUUCUUUGAAAAUGGAGAAUUACUCACCCAGAUCAAUUCCACCAGCAUAGCACUUAUACCAAAAGUGAAGAAUCCUGUCCAGAUUGAUCUAAAGAAGGCCUAUGACAUGGUAAGAUGGGAAUUUCUGGAAGAAGUACUCAGAGGCUAUGGCUUUCCAAUGCCUUUCAUUCAACUAAUAAUGGUAUGUGUUAGAACAACUAAGUUCACAGUGAAGGUGAAUGGUGCAGGAUAUAGAUAUUUUAAAGGAAGAAGAGGAUUGAGGCAGGGAGAUCCUAUGUCUCCACUAUUAUUUGUGCUUGUUAUGGAAUACUUAACAAGAGAUGACUUGAUGUUAUUCUGCAAAGGAAAUAGUCAGUCUAUUAACAGGAUGCUGGAGGUGUUGAACCAUUUCAGUGCAGCAUCAGGUCUGGUAGCAAAUAUGGAGAAAUCCAACAUAUACCUAGCAAGAAUGGAUGAAGAAAGCAAGCAAGCCAUUGUGAAAGCAACAGGGUUCUCAGUGGGUACUCUUCCUAUGAGAUACCUGGGAUUGCCACUUACAUCAAAGAAAUGGAGCAAGGUGGAAUGUCAUCAGUUACUGGACAAAAUCACAACAAAUAUUCAAACAGGAUAUGCCAAGCUUUUAUCAUAUGCAGGCAGACUGCAAGUAAUCAACUCUGUACUCUUUGCAGUAUAUAACUUCUGGGGAGCUGUUUUCAUUCUGCCUCAAAGUGUAAUUAAAGCAAUAGACAGGAAAUGUAGGGAGUAUCUAUGGGGUUCUGUAGAAGGUCACAGAAAAAUGGCUUUGGGAAAUGCAUACAGGCUGACCAGAAAUGGGCAGUAUAUUGUAACUAGAAGUUACAAUGCAAUGUUGGGAUAUCUGCCAAGAUACAGGGAAAUGAAACUUAUAUGGAAUAGGAUACUGCUACCAAGGCAUAGGUUUGCAUUAUGGUUGGCUUAUCAACAAAAAUUACAAACAAAGGGUAGAUUAAUGCAGCUAAACAUUCCAAUAACAGACACUGCAGAAUGCUGCCUUUGUGAUCAGGGAAUACUUGAAACACAGCAGCAUUUGUUUGGAGAUUGUAGCUGGUUUAAAGAUAUGAAGGAGGCUUUAAUGAACUGGGCAAGAAUCAAGUUACCAAAUAAGGCAAUACCAGAACUACUAAGAUGGAUUAGUAGAAGGCAUUGGAAGCAUAUAAAGAAAGAGGCUGCAACAGCACUCAUAGGAGCAAUGGUGUAUCAAACAUGGCAAGCUAGGAACUGGAGGAUCUUCAGACAAAUUGCAUUGAAGAUGGAGUUUUGUGUUGGGCAAAUCAAAAAGGAGAUAGCAUACAGGGUAAGCAUGUAUGCAGAGUCCAAGAGAGCAAGCCAAUGCUCAUUGAUGAUACAAAGACUGUGUGCUUAA